AUGUCGAGCUCGCCAACCCACCGGCCUGCGCCAGCACCGAUACCAACUUUGCCGGAGGGGAAUAGUCCCAGUAUCCCGAUGGCUACCUUCUCACCCUAUGCUCCAGCAGCAGGCGCUCAUGAACCCGCUCCCACGACGGGCAGCUCUCAACAGUCAGCUCAGCCAUCAGGCGACACACCACCACAGCCUCCAGUUCCCGGCUACCCGUUACUCGCCGACCACAUGGGUCGAAUGCCACAGAUUGCCAUAUUCAGGCGCUUUGGUGCCAUCAACACCUUGGAUCUCCUGUACAGACAGGCAGAACUAAAGCGCAUGGAGAAGGAACUCCGUGAAGAGCAAGAAAAAAGUGCCAAUAUGUCUGGGGAUCCAGGGGACUACGCUAUCAAUUCGUAUCUCCUUGAAGAUGACGAUGGCGAGCAGUGGAAGGUGUUCAAGAAGAUACGCAUUAAACUCAAAGAGUAUAACGAAGCCCUCGCCUUGCAGAUGACAAUCCUUUCAGCCGACACGCCCAGCAAUUACGACCUCCGCUGGUUGCAACACUUCCUCUGGUCCGAAGCAAUGGGAGGCGGGAUCCUGGGGCCUGAUCGCAACAUCUGGGGCCAUCACGACGAAUCAGUCAAGCACGAACCCGAACCCGACUUAGUGAGCUUACUUCCACAGCGGAACGAGGACUUCUUCUCCAAGUGGAUGACCGAGAACGUCGUAACCUGGCUGCUUCAUCUGGACAAAGAACGCAAGCCUGACAGGAGGCGCGGCGUCGUGAGCUACGAAAGCGACAAAGUGCUCCGAUGGACGUUUGCCUUCUCGACCGCCAUCGCAUCAGUGCUGCCUGUCUUGUCCAUCGCCAUCCUUUACACUGUGCGUUCGCAAAAAGUGCGCCUCGCCCUCAUCGCCGUUUUCAAUGUCGCGCUGGCUUUCGCCAUUUCCCUGCUGGCAUCACCUCGCAUUGUCGACACUUUUACCGCAUCGUUCGCUUUCAGUGCCAUCAACGUUAUUUGGUUCAGCAGCUCCAACGCAACGGAUGGGGCUUAA